AGUUACAAAACAUAUAUCCCGGAAGUUUUAAAAGUACGUGAUGUUUAGCUCAGAUCGUUACAUGGACCAAUGAGCGUUUGUCUUUCCCGUCACGUGCUCGAGAGAACGGAUUGAUCAUGGCACCUCUCCUCAGAACGCGACAGACCGAGAAGAUCGUUGAUGGGAUCUCGACUCAGGUCGUCUGCACGGAAUUCAGUAACUACAUCUUCAUCGUGCUUACGCAGUACGGGAAGAUUGGGACGCUGGUAUCGAUAUCACCUGACUCGAGAUCCAGUGACAUCAGCUCAAGCAUCCUCACGACAAAAGUGCUGCUCGGAAAAGAUGAGGCUCUUACGCACGUCUACGCAAAAAACAUUGCAGCAUUCGUGUGCCAGGAAGCAGGAAAUCGACCCGUUCUUUUGGGGCUCGCACUUAAAGACUGCAGCGCUGAAAAUCUGAAAACGCUCCAAGAAAUGAUCAAAAGCUGCCAAGUAUGGUGACCAAGAGAAUUUGUGCAAAAUGAUGACUGUUGAGUCUGUGUUUAUGAUGUUUGUGUUUAUGUAACAUUGGUGUAAGAUCAUUAUCCUUUCAUUAUUGCUUUGAGAAAUUCAUGUAGGGUUUUUUUUUUUUUUGGUACUAAUACAUUACCUGGAUUAAAAACUGUUCUGUCUUGAGGCUAUUUCAUAAACAAUGUACUGUAAGGUAUGUAACAAUGUCAUGAUGACAAAAAUAAACAAAAAUGUUCCUUUGAUUUAUUCUUUCCUUCAAUGAAGGAUAAAUCACAGGUUCCGAGCCCUGCUCAUGGAUGGAGUGUA